UGACUUGAGCCGAGGAGGACAUCUGCAGAGCUCAGCGCAAACCCACAGACUGUCGGUGAUCCAGAUGUGAAACAGCUCCAGGCUGCAGCCACGAACUCCACGGCAGCUCACGAUGUCUGCAGAGAUACUAAAUGUUCCUGGACCAGAUGGAACAACUCAGAGCUCCAUGAUAGGAGGCAGCAAACCUUUACAUCGAUUCUUGAAGGGACAUCCCAAGAUUACUGGUGUAUGACACACACACACACACACACACACACACACACACACACACACACACACACACACACACACACACACACACACACACACACACACACACACACACACACACACACACAUUCUGAGGAAGUUUCCUGACCCAAGACAUGCAGAAUAAUUCAACAGGAAACCAGGUAAGAAGAAAACAAAUGUUUUAUUGAGGGUUGGCCUUCAAAACGAGGCGAGGGAGAACAGAGCUCCAGGAAUGGUCUGAAAAAUGGUCUAUUAAGUCAGAAAGAGAGGCCAACGGCUUGAGAUUGUGCAGGACGUGAGAUCUUACUGCUUUGUGCUGGGCUGGAGAUGAGAGGGGAGGGAUGUCCGGUUCUGAGAGUGAGUGGCGAGAAACAGCCUCCAAGGGUUCAGGUGGGAAACAGGUGAGCGGUGGGAGAGCGAGCCAGUCAGGGUCGAAGCUGUGACUUGGCUUGAGAUGAGAUCCUUCUGAGUUAUGGCAGUGGUUGUUAUGUGGAGAUGAGUACCUGAGGUCAUGCUCAAGAAAUGUGUUAUUCAGAGUCCCAAGAGACAAACGUUCUAUAACUAGAGACAAACUAGAAGCAUAAGACUGAACUACAGAAACAACAACAAUCACCCAAAGUGAACAAACAUCUGACAGAGUGUAGUAGUCUCAGUCCUCCUUAUAUCCCUGGUCGGUUGAUGGAUUGAUGAGCUGCAGCUGUCUCGUCCUCCGGAUCCGCUCACCUGCCGUGACACACACAUGCAAACAUUCCACAAAUAAGAAAGGAGUGUUAAAGAGGUCAUGUCAUUUAGCCCUUUUCUCCCAGAUCAUCAUUCUGAUCAUCGGCUUUUCCUACAUCAAUUAUUCCAUCUCCGUGGCUUUUGUCUACAUCGACGUGAAGCCGUUCGUCCUAAAUGAUGUAUUCAUCGGAACACUGCUGCUCAUUACUGGGACUCUGUUUAUCGUGGCGGGGCGCAACACCACGAAGAAAACUGUAACGGCGUCAUUAGCUCUGAGCAUUGUGUCCACUUUAUGCAUAGCCUGGUUUCUUUUUCAAUCCCUGGGAGAAGUGCACUUCUACUUUAUUUAUGACCACCACAACAACCACUAUGAACACUUGGAUCACAACGACACGACGGAUCACAACGACACCUACAGCUCACCAUCAAGUCCUCCCGACGAUCCUGCAAUGGAGGCGACCCUACUUUUACUCUUUAUGUUCUACGGUUUUGUUGCUCUCGUUGUUGUCAUCGUCAUGUCGGCGCUGGCCGGGGCAGCCCUGCGAUCAACGAAAAGUCAGGCCAUCGUGAGGAUGACUGUGGCAGCGUCUGAAACACCUGCAGAAUGACAAGGACGGUCUGAAGCGUGACAAAUCAAGAUGUAAAAAUCCAAGAUGUGUGUGUCCUUAUUUUGCUUUUAGAGCUAAAACCACUUCUUGCACGUUUGGCUGCGGCAGCAUAACUAAAGAUUUGCGGGGAGUUGUUUUCAGUUGCUUUAACCAGAACUCCGUCAGAGCUUAAAACCGCUUUUCCCACCAGAAUCAACAAACUGAUGAACUUUACCCACAGAGCACAGGUCACUAGCUGCUCAUCGUACUUGCACAGCCUUUUAUAACAAAAAAAAAAACAUUUUAAGGAUCAGUUAAACUGAGUUAAUAUUGUUAAGUAAACUAGUGUUUUAGUUGUGCAUAUCGGCCAAAUCUGAGGUUUACAGAUCAUUUGUAGAAACUGCAUUUCUGUUUCUGUAGUGACGUAUGUUUUGACUUUGUCUAAUAGGACUAAAAAAACAAAAUGAGCAUUUGAAGUGAAAUUAAAUGAAAUCUUCUUUUUUUAUCUGUUAAAAAUUUGAUUAAAACAACAAAAACGUUUGA